CAUUUCUGUCAAAUUGUGAAUGUUCAUGCUCAAGCUAAUAAACAGCAAUUUUCAUAGUCUUUCUUGCUCAUCUUUAUCAAGGGUGCCAAUAAUUGUGGAGCUCUGUGGAUAGCGAAACGUCACUUGGAAUAAUCGCCGCCUACUUUAGGCUGAUCUGUAUUUUCCCACCUAUCCUACACCUCUCAACACAGACCACAGCCAGUGGACUACAUUGUAUGAAUAGAAAGCCACGAAGAUUGGACACUGGGAAUGGGAUCACUAAUAAGAACCCCAAAAAAACUAUCUAUUCUUUCGAGUUUUCCAACUCCAAAGACUUCUCUUUAUCCGAAGAGAAUAGCUCUACAUGAAACUGAAUGGAAGAGGGGGAGUUCCUGACUGAUCACAAAUGGGAUAACGUAGGAAGAAGUCUUGCUAUAUAGGGUAGCUACAGCAAUACAUUGCUCUUUAUUUUGUUGUCACGUGUAGGCUUUUAGUUAUUUCUUUCAUUGAAGUUUUAUAUGGUCUUAUUAGAAUAAAAAUCUAACAUGCAAAUUAAGUUGGCCUAAUACAUAUUUAAUUGGAUUAUCAAUACAUCUAAUGUCGCAAAAGCUUUGCGAGAAUUAAGUAAUAAUAAAAAAGAUAAUCUGUAAAAAUACAUAUAUAAUACAACGAAAAAAUUAUAAUCAAAGUAACAGAUAUAUUUUGUCAGAAAAUACUUUUUUUGAUUUUCUAUUACAAGGUGCGAUUUUUGAGGGGCUUGCUGUCAGUGCAUGGCGCAAUUAACACUUGGACCAAAUAGGGUAUUGGCUUUACACAGUGACCAUGGCAAAGUGGUUCAAAGAAUUCCCCAUAAAUUUGAAGAAUGGUACGGACAGGAUUCGCUCCGCUUCAGAAUCAGGCUCCCAAUCCAAGUGCAAACCAGGACUGGUAACUGGCAUUGGAAAUAAAGCAUCCAGCUCUAAAGUGGGUCCGCGCAAAAACUCUAGAGUAGAUAGCGGUAGCAGUGGAGGCGUUUGCGCUUUGCUGUCCGGAAGAAAUCGGAAAAAUUCUGCCAUUGAAUUGGAAAAGAAUGCAAGUACGAUAAAGGAUGGAAAAGUUUGGGAUAGCCUCCUUCCCGGGAAAAGUCGUAAACAUUCCAAAGCAGAGUUGCCUGUGUUUGAUGAACAUCGGCCACUUAAAAGUUCAGUUUUUGAAAAUGCGUACAUUGGUCGUCUUAUCAAGGUGGACAAACAGGACAACUUUAACAGUGGUAGGCCAUCCGCCAGCAGCCCAGUGAUUCCUGAAAAGGAGAAAUCACAGCCAAUUUGCAAAACUGAGACGGUGAUUAUUCUUGAGGACUAUGCAGAUCCGUUUGACGCCCAGAAGACCAGAGAACAGAGAGACGUGGAGAGAGAGGGGGAAAAUGAUGGAUAUAUGGAGCCUUACGAUGCCCAGCAGAUGAUCACAGAGAUCAGACGGAGGGGUUCAAAAGACCUGUUGAAGAUGUGUGUCCUGCUGGAGGGGGGUGAGGGGGAGGCAGAGGAGGGUCGACACAUGCCCCCUCAGAUCUACAACGUGCCCUAUGAAGGGGGCUCAGAGGGUGAGGGAGGGAGGCCGAAAACUCCGGUCGCCAGGCCUGGACUGGACCCCCGUCCGGUUGCUGAGUACGAGACGCUCUGGGAGUGGAAAAAGGAACAGAUCGUCAAGGCUCUGUCAGCCCAGUUUGACAACCCGGAACUCACCUGCCUCUCUCCAACCCAAGAUGACCCCCCACAUCUCACCCUCACGCGACAGCCCCAGCAGCAGACGCAACACGUACGACAGAGGAGCUGGAACCAGAAGAUCCUGAAGUCUUCUCCCACCAUCUCGCCCUCCCUCUCCUCCUCACCCAGACUUGGCCCAGAGGCUGAGGUGUGCCGGGUAGACCCCACCUUGCCCCUGGAGAAGCAGAGCUGGUACCACGGCUGCGUAACACGCCAGGAGGCCGAGUGUCAGCUCCAGACCUGCAAAGAGGCCAGUUUCCUUGUGAGGAACAGCGAAUCAGGAACCAGCAAAUACUCCAUUGCUUUAAAAACGAGCCAUGGCUGCGUUCACAUCAUCGUAGCCCAGACAAAGGAGAGCGGCUACACGCUGGACCAGAGCAGCUGUGUGUUUCCCAGCAUUCCAGAGGUGGUGCACCACUACGGUGCUCAGCGGCUGCCUUUCAACGGGGCUGAGCACAUGACAUUGCUAUACCCCGUGCCUCGCCCUCACUGACUCUACGCCCUGACUGACUUUAUGCCCUCACUGACUCUAUGCCAUCCUUGACUCUACACGCUCAAUGACUCUACGCCCUCACCGACUCUACACCCUCACUGCUUAUAAGCCCUGACUGACUCUAUGCCUUCAAUGAUUCCACGCCAUAACUACUUCUACCUCCUCACUCACUGAUUCUAUGCCCUCACUGAAUUCAGGCAUACCUCGUCAAUCCCAAACUUUUACAUCUGCCUGAAUUUAUCUUCAACGAACACGUUCAACCUCAUGCCGGCCCCUAUCAAAGUGUAGGAAAAAAUGGGCCGGAUUUCUGCCAGUUAGUCAAAUUUGUGUGGAUUAGCAUUUAUCACAAUUGAUCUUAAUGGGGACCAUGUCUGUGCUAUUUGUACAGAAACACAAACCUCAAGUAGGAAAGUGAGUCUCAUAGAGAUGGAAAGAGGUCUCUGUGUACCUAUGCCAUUACAGUGGAUAUAAAAAGUCUACACACCCCUGUUAAAA